CGAUAAGGGCACGCAGUCGCCUAUGAACCAAGACAUCUAGACUAAUUUCGGACAUGUUGGUGAAAAUACAUGCAAUGCUUACAGUUUUCCUGAUUGAUAUUACAUAUAAAUAUAAAAAUGCCAGUACCGAAUGAUAACAAACAGAAAAAUUGAAGGAAGUUACCGCAAUGUGAUUACCGAAUCUAACCAAUGUGAUAAAGUUUUGCAUUCUCAAUGACUUAUAGAAUAUGUCGAAUAUGGAACUUGAGUGUUAUCACUGUGUUAGCCCUCACCUUCUAUAAUAUUUUCCUGGCAUUCAAACUGAAUCGAGAACAUGAAUGUCCCAGAGCAAUAAUAACACCAAGAAGAGAUUUUCAGAGACUGACAACAAGAGUAAUAACAAGCAAUGUUACCCUAGCGACUGGAAAACUUCAAAGUCCAUUCGAUGUUAGACUUGGUCGUUGGGAUAAUAAAUUAGAGUACAAGUUUUUCGAUAACGUAUUUUUGGGAACUCAAUACACGAAUCUGAGUAAGAAGCACAAAACAUGUUUGGCCACUCAAAGCUCCUUGGACAAAUUAUACUCAAUAAUUCAGGUGGCAAACCACUGGGAUGGUCCGAUAUCUUUAGCAGCAUUUGGAUCUGGAGACGAAGAAUUCAACAAUCUACUUCUCUACAGCACAUACCUCAGAGAAUGUUUCCCGAAAGUCAAGGAAAAAGUUAAUUUUCACUUCGCUUUCCCUCAAAACAACGCACCAACGAACUUACACAUAAAUUCUAGCCUUCUUAGUAAAUUAGACUGCGACAACCCAUAUGGUUUACUCUUGCAGCUCAGCAGAAUCAAAGAUAGGAAAAAACUCAUGAGAUGGAAAAACCAAGUUAUUUAUCCCCAGAACCAUUUGAGGAAUUUGGCAAGGAAGAACUGCCAAAGCGAUUACGUAUUUUUGACAGACAUAGAUAUCAUUCCAAGCUAUGGAAUGGCUCAACUCUUGGAUGGAUUCCUUGAGAGCGAUCACUGUGGAAAUAAGCUAUGUGCUUUUGUGAUUCCUACUUUCGAAUUGGAUGAAAGAGUACGAUUCCCUCCAAACAAGUCUGACUUGCUGAGAUUGGCCGAUAAAGGUCUCGCAAGACCUUUUCACCAGAAAGUAUUCAUUUACAAUCAGUUCGCAACCAAUUUCACCAGAUGGCAGGAUUCAAGAACUGAUGGUCCGAAUGUUCACAUAAAUCAUCAAGUUACCAAUUUCGAAUUUUUGUAUGAGCCUUUUUACGUCGCUAAGGAUACUGUCCCUCCUCAUGAUGAAAGAUUUGUAGGAUAUGGUUAUACCCGAAACACACAGGUAUACGAGAUGUUUUUAGCCGGAUAUCAAUUCUAUGUCCUCUCACCAAUAUUCACUAUUCAUUGGGGUCUACAACUGAAGAAAUCGAGACCGCCUUGGAGAGAAUCUCAAAACACCAAGAAUAUGAAGAAGUUCAAAGAAUUCAAACGAGAACUUCUGGUGAAAUACAAGAAGAAUCCUCCGAAAAAAACUGCAGCUGAGGUGGGGUUUGCUCUUGGUAUGGGCAAGCAGUGAACAUAGAAGAUCUUCAUUUUUGGCUGAAUCAACGAUUAGUCGGAUAAUAUUAGUCUACAGAAAUAUUGAACAAGUUUCAUAACGAAUAUUUCGAAAAGCAUCACUAGAAAUAAUUGUAUUUUAGAAAUAUUUUUUGUAUAUCGAGAAGACAUAAAUUAUUCCGAAU